CCUAGUGUUUGAUUGAUAUCCUCGCGUCCAUUGUAUUGGCGUCAACAUGAGCAGCCUAGAGAAGACACUCUUUCAGCUGAAGUUCACCGCAAAGACUCUCAAUCGGCAGGCGAAGAAGGCGCAGAAAGACGAGAACACCGAGAAAGCUCGCCUGAAGAAGGCUCUGCAACAAGGCAACAUUGACGGGUCACGCAUCUACGCUGCUAAUGCUAUUCGUAAGAAGAAUGAGGCUCUCAACCUGCUUAGACUAUCCAGUCGAGUGGAUGCAGUUGCAAGCCGAGUGGAAACUGCUGUAACCAUGCGCCAAGUGACUGGCAGUAUGACCUCAGUUGUAAAGGGAAUGGAUAAGGCGAUGGAGAGCAUGAACCUCGAUCGCAUAUCCCUCGUCAUGGACAAGUUCGAGUCGCAAUUCUCUGAUCUUGAUGUGCAGACGGCCUAUAUGGAAGAAACCAUGUCAGCUACCACGGCUGUCUCCACCCCGCAGGACGAGGUCGAGGCUCUCAUGAAGCAGACCGCCGAAGAGGCCAACAUCGAAUUGCAGCACGAUCUGGCUUCCAAGGACCUUGCCGCGGUCUCCGACCUCAAGGAGAAGGAAACAGUAGGGGAAGAGGACAACAUGUUGGCUGCCCGGCUGAGAGCUCUUCGACCUGCUACGUGA